AUGACGGCAAACGCGGAAGAGGAAGCGAACGAAAAACGAAAAAGUACGUGGUAUUCAAAUAUUCCAGGAAGAGGCAACCAACAGAGAAAAGUGCUGAGAACGAGUGGUUCCCUGGGGGUCUGACAGGUGUCGCGUGCAUCAAAUAGCUGAAUAUGGGAUCCUUUUCGUGACAUAAACAACGUGUCUGUUCUCAGGCGCCGGUGAUCAUCAGAUUCGUUCGAAACGACAGAAUGGGUAUGGAAAUGGGAUGUGGAAUAAUGGCAAUUUUCCGGGAGGUAACUGGAACGGAAUAACCUCCAAUGGAAGACAAUUUUAGUAACACAAAAAUUCCAGAAGUUGUUUUCAGGAUAUGGUGGUUCGGGGCCGCAAGGACCUCCUCCAGAUGAUAGCAUAAAGGGCAGCGUCGGAACGAAAUCCGAAGAGAAGCAGCCGGAUGGAAAUCAGACAAAUGGACAGCAGGGGCAAGGUCCAUGGUGGCCCAACGGUUUGUGUUUUUUUCCGUUUUCAAAAAUAAAAAUUGAAUUUACUCACCCCUAAUGCUACCUUCUUGUUUUUCAAGACACUGAUGUUUGUUCCAGGUGGCCAAGGCGGGUACUCUGGUCCCAGUGGGUACGGAGAAAAUGGACCGAAUAUGAAUAGUUACAAUAGCAACAAUGGUCCAAUGCCCUUCAACGGUGGGAAUAUGAACGAAAAUGGUAAUGGAAACGUGGAUGACGGCAUCAAAGGAAGCAUCGGAGGUGCUGUGGAGCCGACGAGAGCACCGUAUCCACCAAAUGGAUAUGGAGGCUAUGGAAACGGAAACGGAAACCGUCCGGGGUACGGGAACAAUAACGGUUACGGAGGCAAUCAAGGAUUUGGUUUUUAA